AUGUCGCAACCGGAUUCGCGCGAACAAGCCAACUAUGUCUACCCCGACUCAUUGACGUUGGACAAUGGGAACCCGCUUGGUCGACACCCAUACUAUCGUACACUGCGACAGGAAGAAGUCGACGAAGAAGCGUAUGAAGGGGGAUAUCGAAAUGACGACCUGGAAGAGUAUCACGACGAUGACGAGGAUGACUAUCUGCAAGGUCAUACAGAUAUCCAAAACUCUGAAGGCUAG